AUAACAACCCGUAGUAGCAUCGUAAGCGGGGGUCAUUCUGUCGCACACAAAGCACAAAUUCCUGAACCAGUUUUUAAAGGUGCGUUCUCAUAUGGGAACUCGCGGAAGCGACCGUGCUUCUCAGGCUCCCAGACCAAUCCCAACAACAGGAAAUGUGUCCAGUCAGCAAACGGGAAACAACAUCGUGAGGUGUGGCACGAUGACAAGGGAGACAAGAAAAGACAAGAGACGAAAAUCCCGUCGAAAAACAGGCGAACCAUAUCUGCCCGAGCGCGCCGCGAUUAGAUAGCAAGCGCGCCGGCACGGAAACCACGUCGUCUCGCCUCGGUCAAUUGGAAAGGUGCAAGGGACGCUUUCUACCCCAGUGCAGCCCAUUGUUCCCCGCCGUGAAAAGGCGACUGGCCGCGCUUCUAUGUCUAUCUGGGCCUGGUACCGGGGUCUGGAAGAAGCACCUCCGACGCCCUGCCUCUGCGAGUGCGACCGGCUCACCAGGAAUCGUCCCAUCAUGUACCCCAACGACGUGGGCAGGAGCUUCAAGGAACGCAAGAGUCUGGCCGUACGGAAGGAGGAAGUAGCUGGCAUCCGUCAACGGUUUCCUUCGAAGAUACCGGUGAUCGUGGAAAGGUAUAACAGGGAAAAAAGUCUGCCACUUUUAGACAAGACCAAAUUCCUGGUGCCACAGGAGCUCACCAUGUCGCAGUUUGUGUCCAUUGUCAGGAACCGCCUGCAAAUCAGUGCCUGCCACUCAUUCUACCUUCUGGUCAACAACCGCAGCAUGGCCAACCUCUCAAAGACUUUGUCCGAGGUCUACGCCGAGUGCCACGACGAAGACGGAUUCCUUUACGUCACCUACGCGUCACAAGAAAUGUUUGGUUUUUAGGCUACCUGCCUAAAAAGAACCUGCAUUUCGGUUUUACCUUAACUAUACUGGAGGUGCGGUCACUAGCGCAGUGCAUGUCGUUUGUUCGCCCCGCCUUACGAGGGUCAGCAUUUUUUUUUUUCUUCUUGCCACGGUUGCAAGCCUUAGCAUGACUGCUGAACGGCUGCCUUUUGUUUUACUCAUAAUUUCUUUGCCCUCUUCAUUUUUUCUUUCCUGACAUUUUCGCAGAAUCUCAUGUCUUUGACUUUAAAUCAUUGCAUUGGCAUCUUUUUUUUAUGUACUAUAUGUAUAUGUCUCAUUGUUUCUCCCCAGCUUUUAUAUCUGCAGUGUUAACCGUACUCGAUGUUGUCCUUGAAUAAACCCGCGUAAAUUUGUCAGUCUUUUGCCUAUAAUGCGGCAUGCAAGUAGCCUGCCGUGCCUGCACUGCUGUACUCCUAGUGAGUGAUUAUAUAGACAGACUGAUGUUUACAAACAAACCACAGUGGCCCUAGCGAACGCCACCGGCCCUGCGCCUGCUUGAUGGAGUGUGAUUAAAGCAAGGGACACGUGGGGAGGGGAACGACAGAAACGGGUGCCGCGCGGCAGUUUCUAUGGCAAUUUGCGCGGACACUGUGGCGUACGUGGCAGCUUGGCAUAAGUUCACGUCACAGCGUCCUGGGCUGUCGCUAUGGAAACCGCCGCGCGGCAGCGCGACACUUGCUUUCAACGAGUUGUACCUUUAGAUACGGCUUCACACACAUUACCCUUGCAAAACACAUCCACACGGUGUCGAUUCUUGGUCGGUAUCCAAGCGUGCCAAGGCAGAGACACGGCACUUCGGUGUGCCAAGGAAGCUUUGAACACGCCGCUAGACUGACGAAACUUGCUUUCGACGAGUUGCGCCUUUUUCCUGCGGCACUGCGCUUACAAAAAAAUUUCCCUGUUCUCAACGGCAAGUAUCACGCCUCGCCCAGGAUCUUACAGAACGUCUUUGGCGAAUGACGACGAACUAGUCGAAAACGCUGGAAAACCGCAGCAAAACGCUAACAAAACGAAAACAUUUACCAUGCAAGAUUUGCCAUCUUGCAAUUGUCAUUGAUAUCAGUGGCUGCCACCGCGAUGAGAUGCUUUCCCUUUCCCUUCCCCCCCCCCCCCCCAAAUGGGGAGAUCACGUGAUACUCUCCCGCGGCGUUGGGGGCCGGGGGUUACACCCUACCGGCAUGCCGGAGCCGAGGGGUUCUAGUAGAGUGUAGCGCGACGAAGCCACUGGAACCUACUGGAACCAGGCAGUUCCGCCUGGGUCUGAAAUCGGGGCAUUACUUUGUAUCCCAACUGGAACUGCGCGGUUCCAGGCGGGAUACAAACUGGUGCCCCAAUUUUAGAUCCAGGCAGAACCAGCAUUUUCCAUUGCGGCCUGUAUCGGACACUUUCGUACGGGUGGGAAGUAGUCAUCCUUGCUUUACUGACCCUCGCCGCAAUAACAAGCCCGACAAGAAAACAUUAUCUAAAAAUAGUGUUUUUUUUCAUCUUUUCUCGAUUGUAUGCCAAAAGUUUGCCCACCCCUUAUUUUCAUCCAAUUUGCUCUCGAUUUUAGUUGGGCCAUCUCUCGAUGUUACAUUAGUUUGUAAAAUGAUGGAUUGCCUGUCCAUGCCUUGUGUAGGAAUAAAUUUGAAAAAGCAA